UGGGGCCUAGCUUACACUAUCUACCCAGAAUGCAUUGCAGCGUAAUCAACAUGAUGACAACAGUGUGAAAAUGUUUGAUAAAAACUAAACAGCUGAUGGUAUUUUUUACAUCUGACAUAAAUAUUUCCCAUAUAAAGUGAAUAUUGUAGUUAAUCCUGGAUCUCUUUCAUGAAGAACAGAACAUUUUAUCAGGAGUUUGAAGAUUUUUUUCUGUUGUGAUAUAAACUUUAUGAAGGAAUCAUUUCAGUCUCUCCUCAUUUCCUCCUAUGAUUGUCUGAACUUGUCGCUAUGACUGAAGGAAAAUACUGACUAGCAGAGUUGGGUAGUAACUAGUUACAUUUACUUCUUCUGUAAUUUGAGUAAAAUUGUUGGAUUCUUCACUGAAUGAAAAAUAAACAUUUUACUUUUACUGCAGAACAAGUUUUUGGGUAGAUGCUCCUAAAUGAAAGACAUAAACAAGCGUUUUGUUUUCGUUGUGCUGUUUGUUUCAGGUUCCUCUGACAGUAACGUCCUGGUGAGGCAGAAGAUGAGCUGGUUUGAUGCUCAGGCUUACUGCAGGGAAACACACACAGACCUGACCACCAUCAGAGACUUCGACAAGAACUACAGGAUGACCUUCCUCCUGCCUGACUCCACUUUCAGCUACCAGACCUUCAGCUGGAGUCCCCCAGCGGUGGCCUGGAUCGGUCUGCACCGGUCCGACUGGGUGUGGUCCGACGGCAGCGUCGCCUCCUACUGGCCCUGGGCCACCCAGGCCACCACACAGCAGACCAACUGUGUGAUGAUGGACUCCUCCAGUGGCAGCUGGUUCCAGCAGUCCUGCAGCGACAGCUUCAGCUUCCUCUGCAGCGCCGACGUGGUUCCAUCAGCGACCAGAACGCUGAAGAUUCGCCUGGAGGCCGGAUCUGCAGACCUGAACGACGCCGCCGUGCAAGAAUCCAUCCUGCAGCAGCUGAGGCAGAAGAUGGAGGAGCAGGGCGUGGCAGAGGAGGUGAAGCUCAGCUGGAGGUCUCAGCCUGACGGGAAGGUUUUCCACCGGCAGCAGGAGGAAACAGCGCCCCUGCCUGCGAGGCGGAAACAUGCCACUGAGUUUAUCACGACCACUAAUUAG